AUGGUGCUGGAGGGCAGCGGGCUACCGGCGGGGCUACAGCUGUACGCGGCGGCAGCGGCACAGCUGGCCCCGCGGCCCACCUGGCCGCCGUUCCUGCCAUUCUUCGGCGUGCCGCCGCCGUUCCUCGCGCGCCCGCGUCUGCCGCACCCGCUGCCGGCGCGCGCGCCGCACGGGCCACCCAGCGAAGAUUCCAAUGAGGAUGGUGGCAGCAGCAAAGGUGGUGUAGGCGAUGACGACGGUGACAGUGGCAAGAGACGUCGGUCACGCACUAACUUCAAUUCCUGGCAACUAGAGGAGCUGGAACGAGCCUUUCUCGCCUCGCAUUACCCUGACGUGUUCAUGAGAGAAGCACUGGCGAUGCGACUCGACCUCAAAGAGAGCAGAGUAGCUGUUUGGUUCCAAAACCGUCGAGCAAAGUGGCGCAAGAAAGAGCAUACAAAGAAAGGCCCGGGGCGGCCGGCGCACAAUGCGCACCCGCAAUCCUGCUCCGGUGAACCAAUCCCACCGCACGAGCUUAGAGCUAGAGAGAGGGCGAGAAGAAGAAAGAAGCUGGCAAAAGCAUUGGAACGCCAAGCAAGAAAGCUGCGAGCGAAAGGCAUUGCUGUUGACUUGGAAGCUUUGAAAGCGGAGUACCUUGCUCAGCACAGGAAUACCGGAGUAUAUUCUGACUCGGAUGAUGGGGAUGGAGAGGAUAUGAUCGACGUUGUAGGUGGCGACUCUUGUCCGGACUCAGCGCCUGAAGACUUUUCUCUGCAAGGGAGACUACGAGCACCAUCUGGAGCUGACGGAAUAAACAAUUCUGACAGUUCAACAUCAGAUGCACAUUCCGGACGCAAUUUCAGCCCCAUACCCGAUCCCCAAUCAUCAUUCUUCAAACAAUUCGGAACUUCUGCCGGAAAUUUCGAAAAGUUCGACUUUGAUUCUGGCAGGGCCGUCUCUUUAGACCUAAGUGGCGGAGGCACAUCGACCGAGCAGGAUUUGUCCAAAAACGGGGGAACAAGAAAACAUAAUCCUUUCAGUAUAGAAUCACUGCUUAACACGUGAAAGUGACUUUUUAGAUAGAUUGACUAUAGAGGCUCUUAGAUCGUUUGUGUCUAACAACAGUGAAUUACUAUAUUACGUCCUGGUACAACCAGAGAAUGCCCUGUUCGAGAAUGUGAAGAAUAAGGUUUCGAUCACACCCUAAAGUGUAAAGGUAUAUGUGAAUGAAAUGUUAGUAACGAUAAACUCGGAUUUCAGUGUGUUGGUUGGACCAAUGGGAUAUAAUGUAUUAUUUAUAUAUCGAUAAAGUGUCAGGACGGACUUUAAACAGGCAUUUUGUAAAAUGUUCCUUUGCUUUAAUAUUAAUGAAUUAUCAUUAGUUGUAAUCAGCUUCAGUAAAGACUUCAUAGGUACCAGUUAACAUAUCCAGUGUGAAUAUUAGGCUUAGGAUUGUAUUAUAUAGAUUCUAGUGUAUAUAGAUUGUCUUCUUAUUUAUUUUUUUCAUGGAUGUUAUAAAAUAAUAUAUUUUUCUUUAUUCGAUUCGGGGCAAUAAUUUAAUUCUUUGUUUGUUGAUCGUGUCGUAUUUUAUUUUCUUUGCUAUUUUUAGAUUUUUAUUGUUGACAACAGAUCGACCAAAACAUUAAAAGCAAUAACCU